AAUGUGAGAGGCAACCUUCCUACGAUGGAGUUAUGUAGGUGCAGUUGCAUUCUUUUGAUAGUGCUCUUUUCUUCUUGGAGUUUUUAUGUUGGGGCUAGCGAAGAGUAUAUAUCGGCCGUUGGUGAUCCUGGGAUGAGAAGAGAUGGUCUUAGGGUGGCAAUUGAGUCGUGGAAUCAAUGCAAUGAGGUUGGUGAAGAAGCACCGUACAUGGGAAGUCCAAGAAUGGCAGAUUGCUUCGACAUUGAGAAUUCUAAUUCAUCAGAUCAAGUCAAGUUAAUGCACAAGGUGGACGAGAUUGAUAACAUGCUUGGUAUAUCAAAUGCCUCCUACGGAGGGAUCAAGGCGGCCGGUAGUGUUGAUUUAUAUGCUGUGGAGAAAGAGAUUUACUUAGGCAACAAAUGCCAAGUUGAAGGUACACCACGUCCUUGGCAAUUCUGGAUGAUAAUGCUCAAGAAUGGCAACACAGAUACUUUAGCUGCUAUGUGCCCAGAAAAUGGCAAGAAAGCAAAGCCUUUCCCGCAAGAUAAUCGAUUUCCAUGCUUCGGUAAGGGAUGCAUGAACAUGCCCUUGAUAUACCAUGAAUAUACUCGUGUGCACCGGAAUGAACAUGAUCAGGACAUCCUAAGGGGGAGUUUUUAUGGGACCUGGGAUUUGAAUGCUAAUGUUAGAAAUGGAGUGAUUGGCAAGGAUGUUUCCUACUUUAAUGUUGCUUGGGAGAAGGAGCUCGGAAAAGGAAGUUGGGUUUUCCACCAUUUUCUCAAGACAUCAUCAAAGUAUCCAUGGUUGAUGCUUUACUUAAGGUCGGACGCCACAACGGGAUUCUCCGGUGGAUACCACUAUCAGACAAGGGGAAUGUCAAAAAUUGUUCCAAAGUCACCCAAUUUCAAAGUGAGGUUCACACUAAACAUAACAAAAGGUGGGGGUCCAAAAAGCCAAUUCUACCUCCUAGACAUGGGAAGCUGCUGGAAAAACGAUGGAAAGCCUUGUGACGGGGACGUGACCACAGACGUUACGCGAUACAGCGAGAUGAUCAUAAACCCCGAGGUAGAGGCAUGGUGUCGUCCUGACGAUCUCAAGCUCUGCCCGCCUUACCAUACGCUUCCAAAUGGGACUCAAAUUCACCGGACGGACAGGAAUAACUUCCCCUAUGGUGCUUAUCAUAUUUAUUGCUCUCCAGGAAAUGCUAAGCAUCUUGAGGCACCAUAUGAUUUAUGUGAUCCUUACAGCAAUCCUCAGCCGCAAGAGAUACUGCAAAUUCUGCCACAUCCUGUUUGGGGUGAAUACGGGUAUCCAACAAAGAAGGGUGAAGGCUGGAUCGGAGAUCCAAGAACUUGGGAGCUUGAUGUUGGGAGGCUAUCUCAGUCACUCUACUUCUACCAGGAUCCAGGGACUAGACCUGUGGAGAGGGAAUGGCCAUCAAUUGACUUGGGGACGGAAAUAUAUAUCAGUCCAGAUGAUCAAGUUGCCGAAUGGACCGUCUCUGAUUUCGACAUAAUUGUGCCAAAACAUAGUUAUUGAAUGUAUUACAUUGCAAAGCCCGCAGAGCUAAGUUGUUAUUUUUUGCUUGAGCAAUGCUAGGAACACUCUCCAUUUGCACUCUCCAACCAACACUUCCAUUUUCAUUGGGCCACGUUAUGCUGGUUUCAGGAGACUAAAUCAUUUCAUAGCAA